UAGGGACAAGAGUGUCUAAUAAUGUCUUGCAUUGUGUAAAUAGGCUUUGUCGGGUAAUUUUAAAUUACACCAGUUGGACAACGAGUUUAGAAGAGACAACAUCCUUGUUCUAACAAGUUGCAUUGAAUCCAUUAAAUAUAGCAGUGUCUCCGAGAAUCGAGAAGACACGCAUCGAGUUUAGAUGUGUGGUCGGAAAGAUAUCAACUACAGAUGGAAUAUAAGUUUGUGAAGCUUUGCUUAGAGAGUUAAAUAAGGAUCUUGUUGGCCACGAGCUUCUACCUUUUCUUCUUCUCCGCUGCCUACCUGCCGCAUCCUUUGGGUCAACACUUCAACCCUCAGUUCACGUGUAACUCUCUCCACUACGCGUGUGUGUGUCAACCAUGUCUCUAUAUAAAGUAUCUUUUUAAUUUAUAUUUAUAUAAAAUAUCUCUGUAUUUAUAUUGAUUAUGUUUCAUAACGUAGAUCUUGUUACAUGUAUAAAACAAUGGUUGAUAUGUGAGAUUACAACUGAAACGUUGGAAAAUCGAGUCCGGUCAACUGUCUAGCCAGAAGGAAUAUAUUAAAUCACGUUCAAAAUGAAUUAUAUUCCAUUUUAUACGGAUACACUCAUAAAGUCUUUAGUAUAGUACUUGCUUACCGGCCUUCUUACAACCUUCCUUCUAAGUAUAGCGAGCUCAAGUGAUCUUAAAUCCAGCUCAUCCAUAUCUAUUCACGUGCCAUGCAAAAAUGAUCCCUAUAAAGAACACUCAUGACAUUGUAAUUAUUAUACCAUCGACCCAUAUAAGUUAAGCUCACAUAUAGAACAACUCUGGCAUCAGUUCCUAGAUUCACCAUGGAGGCUAACAACAAACUGAUCCUCAUGUUACUCAUCAUCUCUGUGCUUCCUCACAUCAUCUUUUCUUCGGCAACCUCCUCGUCAGCAAAAGAGUACGACACGAAGGCAUACGUGGACUCGUGGUGCCGGACAACCUUAUACCCGAACCUGUGCGUCCGUUCGUUGUCUCGUUAUGUGCGUUCACGGGCUAUGCAAAAUCCUAGAGACCUGGCGCGAUUCGCCCUCAAAGCAAGCCUAUACCGAGCCAAGUACACAAAGGCGUUCUUGCUAAAAGAAGUGGCGAAACUGGAGACGGUGAAGCCCCAAUACUACGCGUUGGUUCAGGACUGUUUGACUCAGAUCAGAGACAGCGUGAACCAGCUGAGCCUAGCAAUAGCGGAGCUGGACAGGGUGAACAGGAGAGGAGGAAAGAGCCAAGUAAAUCUGGAGUGGCACAUAAACAACCUGCAGACGUGGACAAGCACAGCUCUGACAGACGCGGAGACAUGCGUGAGUCAGUUCCCGGGGCGGAGGAUGAGCAAGUUGAAGGCUACGAUUAAAGGAAAAGUGAAGAACGUGGAGGAAACAACAAGCAAUGCCCUCGCCUUCAUCGAGCACUACGCUGCUGCUAGGUACAGAGCCAGACGCCCCUGAACGUUACCAACUUGUCUUCUGAUCACAUAAUUUAUAUGAUGCGAUAAUGUGCUGUGUUGCUACUUCUUGAUCUCCUCGUAAUUAAUUAUACGGAUGUUCUCUGUUUGAUUACCAAAAAAAAAAUAUAUAUAUUUGAAAUA